CUGCGGAUGGCUCACCCCUAUUUCGGCGAUUCAAAGAUUUCCUGCUCAAGGAUGAGUCGUACCAAAGGCUGUGCUCUUUGCGAGACAAGGGCUGGAGUGCACCAGGUGGAAAUGCUCACUUCCAGGAACGCCAGUCUAGAGCUAUUUCUUUGAACAAGAAAGCCAAACGACGGAUGUUCGACAUGAUGCGUACCAUUGCGAGGGAAAUGGACCACGAAACUGGCGCAUAUGCUUUGGCGAACGACAAGCCGAAGGUUCUAGACCUAUGUAUGGCGCCCGGUGGAUUUGUAGCAUACUUCCUCGAGAGGUUCCCAGACGGACAUGCGGACGCCAUUACGCUGCCUGUAAAAGAGGGAGGUCAUCAGGUAGUCCUACCUUUUGGCAGCCGGAACGACCAUGUGCACGUCACAUUCGCCGACGUAACAAUGUUCGCUGCCGAACUCGGAGUCCAGAGUAUCCCAAAAGAGCAUCCAGAGGAGCAAAAAUUACUCGCGAUGUGGCCAUACUCGGAGCAUUCCUACGACCUUGUAAUCUGCGAUGGACAGGCAUUGCGGACGCAGAACCUAGCCGAAUACAGGAAGAUGUGCGAGCAAUCACGUCUGUUCAACUCCCAGCUUGUGCUCGCCCUGAACAGAGUUCGACCCGGAGGAACGAUAAUAGCUCUUCUUCACAAGUCACACAAGUGGCGUACAUUCUCUCUGCUUCAGCUGUUCAGCAAAUUUUCGGACAUACAACUAUUCAAACCUAAGAAGUUUCAUGCCGAAAAGUCGUCUUUCUACCUUGUCGCGAAAAAUAUCCGCCCGAAAAGCCAGAAUGCGAUUGACGCGGUCGGGAAAUUUGCACGGAGUUGGAGUCGCGGUACAUUCCCAGACUCAAUUGGGUCGUCCGAGGACAACGACAAUGACGAUCUCAGCGAGCAGGAGUUUGAGCUGCUAUUGGAAGACUUUGGGGGUAAAUUUAUGCACCUCGUGCGGCCUGUGUGGGAGACCCAGGCGACUGCCUUGGCCAAUGCCAGCUGGAUGGGCGCGUCCAGCGACGUCGCUCCUGCUGAUUAGGUACUAUGACUCAAUCCACCAAUAGCAGUGCCGCCCGCGCAUCAUGCAAUCUCCGCUGAGCCCUAUUCACCUCGGAAGCUCCAACAGAAUGCUCGACUGUACGUCUAGAUAAUGGGGCUCAGAGCAAAAUGAGUGGCUCUGAUUAGCUAGGACGGGCAGUCCUGCGCCGAACGAUAAGACCUGGGCUAUGGCUUUGCGAGUUGAUGCACCGCUCGCAAAAAGCGAACACCUAUCUUUUUG